CGUGUUUCUUUCCUUUCUAACUACGUCUGUGGGCCAGGCGGUUGUCAACAUCUAUCCGUCUGUGGGAAAACUCAUCGGAAUGAAAAUGCCAGUAAAGAUCACAAUGGCAAGUGAAGAUAUCGAAAUUGAAAACAACAUGGACACCAGUUUGGCAGAGAAAAAAUCACUUAAAAAACGUAAAAAAGAAAAGACCAAGGAAGUAAAGAAGAUCAAUAAAAAGAAAGAAGUGAAAGAGGAGCUUGAUGAGUGUGAACCACCUAUUCCGAAGAAGAAAAAGAAAAAUGACACCACUAAAAGUACCUCAAAAAAUAAGUCCAAGGACGUCAACAGCAACUUGGUUAAUGGAACACCAAUAAUGAAAACUCCGUCUCAUUCCAGUGACGAGUCCUCCCAUGACUCUGAUCAUGAUAAUGCAACUAAGAAGGAGAGAGUUCAAGAAGCCUUCAAUGGAGUAUUGACUAUACCUAACAAGCAGGAAGCUGAGACCAAUGGACACUCUGCUGGGGCCACCCCAGUUCCUUCCAGUGACGAGGCCACCUCCGAUAGUGAAAAAGAAGCUGAAGAGACUUUGGAACAGAAAGAAGGGGCAUUCUCCAACUUUAGAAUCUCAAAAGAAACUAUCAAAAACCUUGAAGGACGUGGAGUGACAUACCUGUUCGAUAUCCAAGUCAAAACCUUCAACUCUGUUUACGAUGGAAAAGACGUGGUGGCUCAGGCCCGAACGGGCACAGGGAAGACCUUCUCAUUUGCCAUUCCCCUUGUUGAGAAGCUGCUGUCAGAAACUGAUGAGAGGAGGAGAGGCAGAGCUCCAAAAGUCCUGGUCCUUGCACCAACCAGAGAACUGGCUAUUCAAGUGUCCAGGGAUUUUAAAGAUGUCACAAAGAAGCUAUCCGUGUGCUGUUUCUAUGGUGGCAGCUCCUACGUCCCCCAGCUGGAUAGCAUUCGCAAUGGCAUCGAUAUCCUUGUGGGCACUCCAGGGCGUGUGAAAGACCACCUUCAGAACAACAAACUGAACCUGUCCCUGGUGAAGCAUGUGGUCCUUGAUGAAGUGGACCAGAUGCUGGACAUGGGAUUUGCUGAACAAGUUGAGGAGAUUCUAGCAUCUUCAUACAAAAAAGAUUCAGACAGCAAUCCUCAGACCCUGCUCUUUUCCGCCACCUGUCCCUCCUGGGUGUAUGAUGUGGCCAAGAAGUACAUGCGGCCACAGUUUGAGCACGUCGACCUCAUUGGCAAAAAGACAAAAAAGACUGCCACCACUGUGGAGCACCUGGCUAUCGCCUGUCACUGGUCCCAGAGGGCGGCGGUCAUCGGGGAUGUGAUCCAGGUGUACAGUGGCACCCAUGGCCGCACAAUAGUGUUCUGUGAGACCAAGAAGGAGGCCACCGAGCUGUCGAUGAACGCCUCAAUUAAACAGGAUGCCCAGUCAUUGCACGGAGACAUUCCUCAGAAACAGAGGGAGAUGACACUGAAAGGAUUCAGGAACGGGUCCUUUGAAGUCCUUGUUGCCACUAACGUUGCUGCUCGAGGGCUAGACAUUCCAGAAGUUGACUUGGUCAUACAGUGUUCUCCACCAAAGGAUGUAGAGUCAUAUAUCCACAGGUCAGGGCGAACAGGCAGGGCAGGCAGGACGGGUCUCUGCAUUUGCUUCUACCAGCGCAAGGAAGAGGAACAGCUUCGAUACGUGGAGAACAAAGCCGGCAUAACAUUUAAGCGGGUUGGUGUCCCAUCUGCCAAUGAGAUCAUCAAAUCCUCCAGCAAAGAUGCAGUGAAGUGUUUGGAUUCUGUACCCACAACUGCCAUUGAUUACUUCCGUGACGCUGCAGAGAAGCUGAUCGAGCAGCGGGGGGCAGUGGAGGCCUUGGCAGCUGCCUUGGCCCACAUAUCUGGUGCUACUGCCAUUGAACAGCGCUCUCUUCUCAACUCAGAUGCAGGCUACACAACCAUGCUGAUGAAGUGCUCUCAAGAGAUGCACAGCAUCAGUUAUGCCUGGAAGAGCCUAAAGGAGCAGCUUGGAGAGGACAUAGACAAUAAGAUCCAGAGGAUGACCUUCCUCAAGGGCAAGACCGGAGUUUGUUUUGAUGUCCCAGCAGCUAAGGUGAAAGAGAUCCAGGAAGUGUGGCAGGACGGUCGACGUUGGCAGCUGUCUGUUGCCACGGAGCUUCCUGAGCUGGAGGAGAGCAAACGUACUGGUGGUGACCGGGGGUCUGGUGGAUUCGGUGGUCGCCGUGGAGGAGGACGUGGAGGAGGACGGGGAGGAGGUGGAAGAAGCUCCUGGAACCACAGCAACAACAGGAGAGGGGGAGGCAGGGGAGGGGCAGGAAGAGGUCAGAAACGCAGUUUUAGCCAGGCCUUUGAUUAUUAACUCUGUGCUCUGGACUGAUUUCAUAUUCCUGCUCCUUUUGUAUGCUUACAAUUUAUAGACAAGUCUGGGGAGCUGAGACAUGUCUUCAUGUUGUACAACAACCAUGUCAUCCCUGAACUUGUAUUGAAUGAUUGCUUGGCAAUUAUUUAUAUGUAAUCAUCUAUAGCCCAUUCAUAGGAAUGAGUUCAAUUUCAUUAAAGGUGUUCUUUAAAAAAAUA